AUGGCGGCGGCAGCAAGCAGCAUGAUCGGGGAGGAGCGGUGGAGCCUGACUGGCAAGACCGCGCUUGUCACUGGAGGAACCAAAGGGUUGGGGCGCGCGAUCGUGGAGGAGCUCGCCGGGUUCGGUGUCCGCGUGCACACCUGCGCCCGGAGUGACGCCGACCUGCGGGAGCGCCUGCGCGGAUGGGACGCCGACGCCGACGCGGGCCGGCUGCGCGCGCGUGUCACUGCCUCCGCCUGCGACGUCUCCGUGCGCGCCGACAGGGAGGCGCUGAUGGCCACGGCUCGCACCGAGCUAGGCGGGAAACUGGACAUCCUUGUCAACAACGCCGGCCAGAUAAUGUUCCGCCCCGCCAUGGAGAGCACGCCGGAUGACUACGCGCGCCUCAUGGCCAUCAACCUCGAAUCCUGCUUCCACCUCUCCCAGCCCGCGCACCCGCUGCUCCUCCUCGCCGGCGGCGGAGCGGUGGUCAACGUGUCAUCCAUCAGUGGGCUCAUCGCGUACCCGCAGCUUUCGGUGUACUCGGCGACCAAGGGCGCCAUGAACCAGCUCAGCCGGAGCCUUGCCGUGGAGUGGGCGCGCGACGGCAUCCGCGUCAACUGCGUCGCGCCGGGGGGCAUCCGGACGGACCUCGUGAGCAGCAGUGGCAUCCAUCUUGACGCGGAGACGGCUCGGAAGCUCGGCGAGACAGAGAGCGCGCGCGUUGCCUUGGGACGCAUGGGUGAGCCCGAGGAGGUGGCGUCGCUCGUGUCGUUCCUGUGCAUGCCGGCCGCGUCGUACAUCACCGGGCAGGUCAUCUGCAUCGACGGUGGCCGCACAAUAGCUGCCUAG